CCCCUUCUUAUUUAGAUCUCACUCAUUAAGAUGCAUGGCUAUCUUGAAACUAGCAUAAUCACUUAAACAGAAAUAAGUCGAUUUUCACUUAAACCCAUGAAGCUUUCGACUUUUGUUUUCGUUAUCAUUUUCAUGUCUGCAGGUGUUUUAGUGCAGGGAAGCAAUGGACAUCCUUGUGGAAGCACAUUUUUCUCAGCCUUAGUUCAGCUUAUACCAUGCAGGCCAGCAGUUGCUCCCUUUAGCCGAAUCCCACCAAGUGAUGCUUGCUGUGCAGCCAUCAGAAUUCUAGGCCAGCCUUGUCUUUGUGGUCUUGUCAGUGGUCCUUCAAUUACUGGUGUUGAUAAAAACAUGGCCAUGCAGCUUCCUGAUAAGUGCACUGCCAACUUUGAACCAUGUGAAAUUGCCAGAUUAAGUUAGAGCCAAGGGAAGAUCUUGAGUAGAAUAUGCAUGGAUAGAGUGCUACUCCCUAGAAUAGAUAUGUUUUACAUAGCUACCAACCAUAAUAAUUUUAUAAG